AUGUCACUUGAUGAAGCCGCUCCUAGAUACGGCUACAUAUGGGAAUAUCGAAGCGAUGCAGAUCCGUGGGAUACAGAACGAGUUCCCCAGUGGACACAAUAUUCUAGUGCUACAUCACUAGCAAUUGAAAACGCCAAGAAUCAACAAUCCAAGGAGAUAUUUAUUGAGAAUAAUUAUCGUAUUGACUUGGAAAAAUAUGUUCAGCAGCAUACGAUAGACUUACAUAGACAAAGACCUAUUCGGCGACGACGACAACUGUUACAGCACGAUUUAAUCAAUAAUUCCUCAGAUAGCGAAAGUAUUAAAUCUCACCGAGAACGGAUGUCAUACUGUUNCAUUGAAUACAGAUUGAUCAGUUUUAUACUCUAUUAA